AGUUUUUAAACCUCCUCAACCAUAUCGCCUUUUCAGUCCCGCUGCUGAUAUCUCUCAAUUCUCGUGUCUCUUUCAAGAGCUUCUACGAUCGACCGGACCUCGCGUUGUCUCUCCUUUCGGCGUUUGUGCAAGCUCGCCUCACCUUGCCCCGAGUGACGUCUCUCUGACCGUGAACCACUUUGAGCUGGACGAAGCUAUUCCUCCGCCCUCGUUUCGCUCAAUCCUCCAACACUCUUCUCAUAUAUCACAUACGCACAUAACAUGGAUCACUCCAGAGAUCCCUGCCCUUGGGUUGCCCUGAGCGACUUCGGUGGUGCGUUUUGUAUGGGUGCCAUCGGUGGUGCUGUAUGGCAUGGUGUCAAGGGAUUUCGAAACAGUCCGUACGGUGAGCGACGGAUAGGAGCCAUCACAGCCAUCAAGGCUCGCGCGCCUGUACUUGGUGGUAACUUUGGUGUCUGGGGUGGACUUUUCUCAACAUUUGACUGUGCUGUCAAGGGUAUUCGGAAGAAGGAGGAUCCUUAUAAUGCUAUCAUUGCCGGUUUCUUCACUGGUGGAUCGUUGGCUAUCCGUGGUGGUUACAAGGCUGCCCGAAACGGUGCCAUCAUGUGCGCUGUCUUCCUGGCUGUUAUCGAGGGUGUCGGCAUUGGUUUCCAGAGGAUGAUGGCCGACCAAACAAAACUAGAGCUCCCUCCUGCUCCACCCUCCGACAAGGCCGUUGCCUAAGCCACAUUGUAUUUCUAUCCCAACUUCCCCCGAGGCCUAUGAUUCUUGCGUCCAGCUGUAUGCCCAUAAACGUUGCUGCUAUAUUACAUUACAUCUCAUCUCAUCUCUUCUCUGGUGUUAGGAACUGGUCAUAUUAUCAGGAUGCGUGCAUGGUAUAGAGGUUUUCUCUUUUAUUUUCGAAGCAUGCUGGUUAUUCCGCUCUUAACUAUUGCCAACAAGAACUGGUUUUCACCGGCGAUCUUUUUUGGAUACACAGCCUUGCUCUUUACCUGAUACUUUUUUAGGGGGCGAAAAGAAAUCUGUUUUGUCUCUGACGCAGAUCCUCGAUUGGCGACCGGGGCAUGUUAUCAAUAUGUUUUCUAAUUUCUUGUACAUUACUACUGCCAAUACCA